AUUGGCCCCUGCUGCUGAGUCACCCAAAUGAACAGUUUCACUGAUUUCCAGGUGCCACAGAUAGCAACUCUUAACUGAGUAGAUGUUAAAUGCUGAAUUGUUUUGACGUACACUGAAAAAAAUCCAAGAUUAUAUCCAAACUGGCCCAAACAAACCUUUAAGCAGGUGUUGAGUCUGGUCAUGUCACAGCUGGUGAUAGGGCAAAAGUUCUGAAGCAGGUUUUUAGGGUUAUUGUUUCUUCUGUUUGAAAUGGACACAGAACUUGGAGGUUCUGGCAAACAGCUUCUCCAUAUGGACAUCGCCGUUGAUGAGAAUGAACCCUGGAGAGGAAUCGUGGACCUUCUGAGCAAACUUCGUCCUGAAUGGAAGGCACAGCACAUUCAGAUGAAGACAUUUACAGAAGGCAUCACUAACCAGCUGAUUGGCUGCUACGUGGGCUCUCUCCAGGACCCCGGUUGUGUUCUAGUGCGGCUCUAUGGCAGAAUGACAGACCUCUAUGUGAAUCGCAAUCGAGAGGUGGAGAUGUUCAAGGUCUUCCACGCCCAUGGCUGCGGCCCUGAGAUCUACUGCAGCUUCCAGAACGGCAUCUGUUACGAGUUUGUGCGAGGAACUGUGCUCCAAGAUGAGCUACUGCAACAGCCGUCCAUCUACAGAUUGAUUGCAGCCGAAAUGGGAAAAAUCCACUCGAUCCACCGUGGCCGACCUGCAGAGCCUCUGCUCUGGCCCAAGAUGUCUCAUUUUCUUACACUGGUGCAGAGCAGCAACACCAGGACUCCAGCUGAGCAGCCGUGCACAAAAAGCUCUGUGGCUCUCCGAGAGGUGCCGAGCUAUGAAACCUUGAUGGCGGAGAUGGAGUCGUUGAAGAUACACCUCUCUCAGACGGAUUCACCGACUGUCCUUUGCCACAAUGAUCUUCUCACCAAAAACAUCAUCUACAACAGCUUUGAAGGGACGGUGAAAUUUAUUGACUAUGAGUAUGCUGAUUACAACUACCAGGCUUUCGAUAUUGGGAAUCACUUCAAUGAAUUUGCUGGUGUCACUGAUGUCGACUACAGCCUGUAUCCGAGCCGGGAGCUGCAGAGGGACUGGUUGACGGCUUAUCUGGAGAGUUACAAGCACAGCACGGGCCGUGAGGCCACAGUUACAGACGCAGAAGUCACGCAGCUCUACAUUCAAGUCUGCAAAUUCUCACUCGCAUCCAACUUCUUCUGGGGUCUUUGGGCCAUCCUGCAGUCCCGUUACUCCUCUAUUGACUUUGACUUCCAAAGGUAUGCCAUAGCACGACUUGGCUACUACUUUGAGAAGAAAGAAGAGUACUUUGACUUGACACUGAGCCACUUCACCAUCUAGACUUUUGAGGAAAACCCUUAAAUGAUUUGAUCCAGAGUCAUGUUUUUAUAGGCUUUAUAUGCACUAUAAACUGUUGUUGAAAGGCAAAUGUAUGGAACCAACCUAUAAAAGUGCUCCCCUUAUUUGUUAUUUCAGUCCGUAGGGAGUUUUAAUGUGUUUUACUAUCACUGUGAUUUAUUGAACAUUUAUUUUACCACAGUCAGUAUGCCGAUAAGCCUGUUUGGCAAAUUGAAACAAAGCUCAUGCCAGAAAAGGAUUAAUUGUUCACACAGCCAAGUUGCAUGAAGCCACAAAAACUGAGCCUGAUCAUAAAAGCCAUAAGAGGGUUAUUUGUGGGCUUAUUGAGUGUGUACCACAGUUCUGGUGAAAAACAAGUUUUCAUGUCUGCUUAUUCAAAGUUGGAAUUUAUUUGGAAAUCUUUCUGUUUCCUCAGUGAACGCUGUAAAGCUGCUGUCAGUACCUUUUAGAAGGUUUGCCAAUAUUAGGGUUUAUGAAAUUUUACUUAAAAUGAAUUCAUGAACAUUGUCAAAUUGUUCAAAGUGGGGGUAAUAUGGUAUAAUUCCUUGCUGGACAUGCAGGACAAUAAGCUGCUAAUUUACCAGAAGGUACAUAAUCUGAACAUCCUCAGUGCUUGAAAUAGUUUUGAAUCUACAAUGGAUACUGAAUAACUUGACAACAAAAGUAAGUUGAGGCAGUUACAUUUUUAUCAAACUUUGACAUUUUUUCACAAUGACUACUUCAAGAAAAGAAUAGCGCAGUGGUUAGUUAAUUUCUGUUUGCUAAGAAUCUGGUAUUCACACCAGAAAACUAUAGCUUUCAGAACUAGAUUGAUGCUACAAUUAUAGUAAUUUUUGUAUGUUAUAUAAUGCUUAUCAUUAUAUCUACUGCCAGAAAAUUAACUAUAAAAACAUGUUUUAUUGUUAUGCUUUUUUGAAACCCGCCCUGUCAUUUAUAAAGAAUGGGCUACAGAUCAUGUUGAAAGCCAAGAUUUCAAACAUAAGCUGACUCGAGAUAUGCGUUAUUUCAUAGUUGUUUUAAAUGAAUGUGUAACUGUGUGCUUCAUUUAUUACAGAGAUCCGGUUAGUAAGGAUUCAAGUAUUAUUAUUUCAGGGAAAAUAACUGUUAAGAGAAAAUUAAUUAAGGUUUACAUUUCUGUGUGCACCACUGGCAAAUAAUUUGAAGACUUUCCUUUGUAUUCUUUUGCUUCUUCAGCUUAAGUAUUUGCUAGCGAAACAAUGUGAUAAUAGUAUUUCGAUAACUUCACUUAUAGUUGCACUCUGAAAAUUGACCUCCUUGUUAAAAUUAUGUAAAUAAAUGAGACCAUGAUCAUUCAUUUCAAAACUUUUUCCACCUUUAAUAUUAUCUGUAUCCAGUACAAUUUAAAUGAAAACAACCAGAUCUUUUUGUAGUGAAAAAUAAGCCUUCUUCUUGACUUGGUAAUAUUUGGCCAAUGUACCUUCCAAAAGUUCUCCACAUCUAUAAGAUUGUGAGGACAUCUCUUGUCCAUAGCCCUCGUCUGAUGACCCCAGAGAAUCUGGGACAAAUUUUAAUUCUGGACUCGGGUAGGCCUGUCUAAAACUUUAAUUUCCCUUUUAUUAAGUUACUGUUUUGUUAUUUGAGUCAAUACUUGUACUCACUAUUUCCUGAACAAAUGAAUCCUACUUUAUCUUAA